CCUUUAGCUCACUUUAAACCAAACUCAAAAGAAGUCGGAGUCAGGAAAGAAACAGGAAGAAGACGACGCAACACAAUGACUUCGACUAGGAGACUAGGCAAGGAGCUGGAGGAUAUCCGCAGAUCUGGAAUGGAGCAUUUCCGCAACAUUCAAGUGGAUGAAUCAAACCUUUUGAACUGGCAAGGACUCAUCGUUCCUGACCGUCCACCAUAUGACAAAGGAGCCUUUCGGAUUGAGAUAGCCUUCCCUGCAGAGUACCCCUUCAAGCCCCCCAAGAUCACCUUCAAGACAAAGAUCUACCACCCCAACAUCGAUGAGAAGGGCCAGGUGUGCCUGCCCAUCAUCAGUGUGGAGAACUGGAAGCCAGCCACUAGAACCAUCCAAGUGAUACAGUGUCUCAUUUCUCUGGUACACACCCCUCAGCCGGAGCACCCACUCAGGGCAGACCUGGCAGAAGAAUACACCAAAGACCAUGUAAAAUUCCUGAAGAACGCUGAGGAGUUCACAAAGAAACACAGUGAAAAGAGACCCAUAGACUGAUGAUACGUUCGACCGUCAGCAACCUGUUUCCUGAUUCUACAGAGCCCAACUCUUAGCCCCGUGUUUCACAGAGAUGCCCUGUUCUUGUGUACCUGCAACGUUUAGCACUCAUCAACCAAUCUAUAAUAGAGGUUUCUGUUUCUGUUUCACUUUGCCAAAAGAAAAAUGAAAAACAAGCAGGACUUUUUGGUGAGUGUGCAGGUUCUGGCCUCUAGGUGUCACCUUUUGGUUGUUUUUCCACUUCUUUCUACUGAUUUCUUUUUAGGAAAAAUAAGAAAAUUAUCAGAGGUGGCAUUCUGCAAAAUAAAGUGCUUUUCGGCUUAACUAAAUGUUGAAUGUUAUCUCAGUUUAAUCAUUAGCCUCUGCUGUCCUGUUUACAGAUUUUUAAGCUUUGUUUUAAUAGUUAAUAGCAGCUGAUGCGGUUUAUCUUUUUUCUUUUUCUCAUGUUGCACCAGAAUCUGUGAAAUCACUUGUUUCAGUACAGUUUUUCUGAUAAAUCCACAUGUAAAACAGAAGUUAUUGAAAAUGCAACCAGGGUUUUUUUAAACCCAUUAGUUUCUGGUUUGAGAAAACAUUUCUAAAUAAAAAUGUUCCACCUCAGUUUGCCUCGUAAGUGAAAACUGUCAGAGCAGAGCUGUAAAGUCGGUCAUAGAAAAACAUAUUUGUCUUUGGUUUGGGGGUUUAUUUAAAAUCAGUUUUCAGUUGAAACUAAAUGUUUACAAACAUUAAAGACUGAACCAUUUUUCCUCAC